AUCCCGAGAGAAGGCGAGAGACGGACCUGGAAUCCACAGACUUUGCUGGAACUUUCGGAUUAUUUUUGUGCUAUUUAUGAAUUAAGUUGACCAAAAUAGACUGCUCAGAAGCGGAAUAAUCGCCGUGCACCAUGAAGAGCCUCAAGUAUCGUUUGAAAAAGCACGAAGUUAACAUUACAAACACAGACUGGAACAAGUAUGACGACCGGCUAAUGAAGGCGGUGGAGCGGGGUGAGGUGGACAAGGUGUCUGCGGUGCUGGCCAAGAAGGGCAUCAUCCCCACCAAGCUGGACAUGGAGGGCUCUCUAUUUCACUUGGCAGCCACCAGAGGGCAUCUGGACUGCCUGAACCUCAUCCUGGGGCACAAUGUGGACAUCACAGCCACCGAUGCCACAGGUAAAAACGCUCUUCAUCUGGCCUGCAGAAAUGGACACUCCCUGUGCGUGCAGAAGCUGCUGCAGCACAAUUGCCCCGUGGGGAACGUGGACCUGCAGGGGCGCACAGCUCUGCAUGACGCUGUGAUGGCUGGCUGCUCCUCCAGUGUUAAACUCCUAUGUGACAGCGGGGCCGGCAUCAACACCACCGACUUUGACGGAAGGACCCCUCUGGUGCUGGCCACGCAGAUGUGUCACCCAAAGAUCUGUCAGCUGCUGCUGGAGAGAGGAGCUGACAUCACCAUCCCAGACAAGCAAAACAAGACGGCUCUGAUCCUCGGGUGCGAGUAUGGCUGUAAGGACGCUGUAGAGGUGCUACUGAAGAGCGGUGCUGACCUCCGACCUCAGGACGCUUUUGGCCACGAUGCUUUCCACUAUGCCCGCCACAGCAAAAGCCCUGAGCUGUCAAUCUGCCUCAAAGCUCACUUGGAAAGGGCUAGCAGAGAGAAAGACGCUGCGAGGAUCGAACAGUGGAAGCGACAGUAUUCUAUAGAGAGACCCGACUCUGCUGAACUCAACAAGAAGGAUCAGAUCAUACAUGAGCUGGAGCGUAAGAACGAGGGCCUCCAGGAAAGUCUGAGGAGGUCUCACCAGGAGCAGAGAGGACUUCUGGACCAGGUGUCCCAGCUCCAGCAGCAGCUCACUCAGGAAAAGAUGGACGAGUGCUUAAAGGAGAAGGACUCAUCUAUAAUGUCCAAAGACGAUGGCACACGCGGGCUGGAGACUGUGAAAGUGCAGCUCAAAAGCCCCAUGGGGGACUACUCCGGCCAGUCAGUCAUCAAAGGGAAAGAGAACCUGGUGAAGCAAGCCUACAGCCUGGAUGCAGAGCAGGUUCAGCGGGUAUCCAUCUCUCGCUCCGUGUCCCGAGGCUCAGAGAGGCACCCGUCUGUGGGCUGGGACCCGUCUCCUGAGCUGGAGGCCCUGCGGCGUGAGCUUGAGGUGAUCCGUAGGAGACAACACACUGCAGAGGAGGAUACCGCCAAGCUCCAGGCCGCUCUCACCCUCAAGACCCACGAAUGCCAAGAGCUGGUGCAGAGCCGCGACAGCAUCCAGCAGCAGGCUGACCAGCAGAUCCAAGAGCUGGAGGAUGCCCUGGGAGAUGUGCAGAAACGCAUGCUAGAGUCUGAGUGUAAGGUCAAGCAGCUUCAGGCUCACGUGGUGGCAGUGAAGGAGCAUCUUGGAGGAGGACAAGCUAAUGAAGAGCUCCGCACACAGCUCCAGGACAUCAAGGCCAAGUACGAGGGUGCAUCAGCAGAGGUGGGCCGCGUCCGCAACCGCCUCAAGCAGAGCGAAAAGGCCCUGGAGGAGUACAAGUCCAGCGAGAGCCAGCUGGCAGCCGAGACUGAGAGGCUGACCCACGAGCUGGGAGCAGUGAGCACGGAGAGGGACGAGCUCGCACAAACACUCCUCCAAAUGGAAAACCAACUAAAGGAGGCCAGAAACAAGCAGGGCAACACGGUCCCAGCUGAGAAGUUUGACAACAUGAAGAACCUGCUGACCAAUGCAGUGGAUGAGAAGGAGCGGCAGAUCGCGGAGCUCCGGGAGGACUUCGACCGUGUGCUGGAGGAGGUGGCAGACCUUCACAGGAGGAUAGACAGUCCCUCAGCCCAGUCGGUGUGCUCGGAGGAGGAGCAGAAGAUCAGGGCCGCACUGGAGGAACGCAAUGCCUCGCUCAAGAAGAGGCUCAUGGAGGUGACCGUCAAGAGCCAGGCACUCAUCCAAGAGGUGGAGGAGAGCGAAGAGGAGCGAGAUCUACUGCGAGAACAGCUGGACAAGCUCAACAGCCAGAUGGAGACAGACUUCAUACCUGUCCAGCUUCACGAGGAGGCCAGGCACAACAUGGUCCAAGCCCUGGAAGACCUAGAGGACAAGCUGGUGGAGGCCAGUGAGCGCUAUGGCAAAGCAGAAGCCCAGGUUGAGAAACUACAGUUGGACAAAUCCACUCUGGAAGACAAACUUCACCACCUCCAGAGCACUAAGGAGCAGCAGAACAGUGAGAUGGACCAGCUGAAGACACUGAACUCAGAUCUGGUUCAACAACUCGAGAAGAUGCAGAGAAGAUGUGCGGAGAGGGACAUAGAGUGUGUCCAGCUAACCACACAGAGCCAGGAAAUGAAGAAGACCAUGGACGGAGAGUAUGUGCCCAGGCAGCAGAUAGAGCAGAUCCAGAAGGAGCUCACUGCCACCAUCGAAGAUCUGAGAUCUCAAAUGUCCCAGCUGGAGUCUAGGAAGAGGGAACGUGGUGAAGAACUACAGAACGUGAAAGAUGGAAAUGACAAGUUGAAAGGCGAGUUGGAAAAGGUGCAGUUAGAGUUACAAAAGGACUAUGUUAGCGUGAUGGAGCACCACACAGUCAUGGAUCAGCUGAAGGCAGCCGCAGUGGAGGCGGAGACCCGGGCGAACAAAGCUGCUGAGAUGUAUGCUUCGGCUCAAGACGAGACCACCAGGCUGACACAGGAACUUCAAGCUCAGAAACAAGAGCUUGAUACGAUUCAAGAGGCAAUCCAGGCAAAGUUUAUCCCAAGAACAGUCAUAGAAGAGAAGGAGAAGACCUACGCAAUUCAACUGCAAGAACUCGCUGAGAAAUUGAGAGAAAUGGAGGAGAAGUAUAACCAAGAGAAGAUGAUGAGGGAAAGCUCUGAACAGGAGAAGCAGCGGCUAAAGGUGCAAUUCGAGGAGGUCAACCACAGACUAGACUUGGCUUUGGUUGAAAGGCAGGAAGAGCUGGAGAAGGAGUACAGCUGUAAAUUUGAAAAACUUACCAGCAGAAUUCAUGACUUGGAGAAGCAGCGCGAGGAGGUGGAACGUCAGAACACAGAACUAACGAAAGAGAACACAGACUACACCUCACAGGUCCAGAGUCUGCAAGAGCGUUUGAGAAUGGAGCUAACGCGCAUUGCAAACUACGAUGGAGAACUCAAAGCACUUAACCAAGAGGUACAGCAAGCUCAGGCAGACUCCAAGAAGGCCAGAGCCACCCAGCAAGAUGAAGCCCAGAAAAUGUGUGUUCUUCAGAAAGAGCUGCAGGAGAGGAGAGAGGAGAACCAGCAGAUUGUGAGAACCAAGGAGAGUCUGGAAGCGCAGGUGGACAAACUCAAGCUAGCACUGAAGGAGGAGGAGGAGAACAAUGCCCAGAGAGCGGAAGAUGUAGCCACGCUGCAGUCUGAGCUUCUGCAGGCCACACAAGCCCUGGAGGAGCUGAGGCACAAGCACGAAGAUCUCACCCAGCUCGAGAAGAACAGGCAGCAAAUGAGCGAGGAGGUGAACGGGCUGCGCGAGAAGCUGCUGCUGCUGGUGGAGGAGGUGCAAGACGCCAGGGAGGAUGCAGCGCUGGCCUCGGAGCAGGAGAGGAAGGCCCGAAGCGAGACCAACAGCCUGCAGGAGAAGAGCUGGGCUGUAGAGAAGGAGGUGGGAGAGCUGAAGGAGAGGUAUGACCAGUCCCUCAGCACCAUCCAGGAGCUGCAGAGGAGCAUCCAGGCCUCAGCCCAGCAGACCGAGGCCAAGGACAAGAAGAUCACAGAGCUGCUGACAGAUGUGGGACGUCUGAAGCAGGCACUGAAUGGCCUGUCUCAGCUGGCCUACACCAGCAGUGCCCCCAAGAGGCACACAGACUCACUACAGGCCCAAGUCAAGAGCCUUCAGCAGCAGCUAGCUGAUGCUGAGAGGCAGCACAGAGAGGUGGUCUCCAUUUACCGCACUCACCUGCUCAGCGCCGCACAGGGUCACAUGGAUGAAGACGUCCAGGCCGCUCUGCUGCAGAUCAUUCGCAUGAGGCAGGAGUUUGUGUGCUGAGGCCCGGAACUGCUACAACCCCCAGAAUCCCCACAACCACAACAACCAUCAGAACCACAACAAGACUCUACUCCCUCAGCUCACCCAGUUCAAAGUGCCUGUGUCUGCCUGUGUGUGUGUGUGUGUGUGUGGGGGGGGGGGGUAUGUGUGUGUGUGUGUGUGUGUGUGUGUGUGCGUGUGCGUGUGUGUGCGAGUGUGCAGAUAUUUCAACUACAGACUUCUAAACUGGGCUCAGUUAAAGUUGUGCUCCUCAGACUCUCUCUCACAUUCCCACCGGCCUCACUGCUCUAGUGUGGAUACUACAUUUCAACACUCACCUGUUUUUUUCUUCAUGGUCCACAUGAUCAUAUUCAUAUUCAAGUUAUGUUAAAUGAGCUGCAGGGUGCAGUAUGUAGACAUUUGUAGAUUAUGGCAUUCAUGAAACCUGUUUUGAAAAUUUCAAAAGAAAAAUGUUUUAUUCAGAAAAGUACCUUCAAACUGCAAAUCUGCCUUUAACAACGUCCUUUCUGAACAUAGAGCUUUUAAGGAAGGCAAACCAUGGAAAAUGAGAUAUAAAUGGCUUAACAGACUUGGAUUGUAAUUUUGUUUUUAAACCUGAUGGGCAGUAUGAUGUACAAUUGAUCAAACUUAUUCGGAGAAUAGUCUUUGAAAUAUAAAAUUAUAAAAAAUCAAUCAGUUCACAGACAAUGUCUCUCAUUAUAAAAAUAAUGCAGUCAUUUUAAGCCUUCUCCUCCAAGUCAAGAGAUAAAUAUGAAAUCUUGGAACUGAUAUGUUCUGGUUUGUUUCUCUCUAUAUACUCACAAGUCUACAAAACCUCACUGCUGCCCAUGCUGCCAUGUAGCCUCUGUCAUUCUCCCUGCUGUGGUGGAGCUGUGGAGCUGUGGAGCUGUGUGAGUGAUGCUGUGUGUGUCCGUGGGUUUGCAGUGGCACUGGUCCUUUUUGGUAGCACCAGAGCAUCCUUUAGUGGUCAGACUUGGCAGGCCAAGUUUAUAGUAGUAAAACUGUGUGUGGCCCCAGGGUACACAGCUGCUGUUCUGUGGAGCUACUGUAAUAGCAUAUGGAAUGUUAAAUAUAAAGAAUACAUAACUGAUCUUGAAUAAGCUAACAAGUGUGCUAACUGUAGUUAUGAUGCUGUAAUGGCUUAAGGUGAGACACUGCAGGAGAACAGGGCAAAAUAUAUAGAGAUCCAUAAUUCAUGUUUUCAUAUGGUAAUUACCCUUAUGUUAAAACGCUUAAACAUUUAUUCUCAUUAGAUGUGAGUUUGUUUAAAAUAUGCAAAGCAUAAAAAUUUUAUUAUGUGAAUAUAUUGAAAUAUUGUACAAGGCUGGUAAAAUGUGGUGUGUAGAUAUCAGAGGGUGGCCAUUUCCUUUUGAAAUCAUUAUUUUAGGAAACAUUGGAUGAAAUAACAGCCUAGUGAAAUAAUUUGAUGAGAGAAUAAACUGUCCCAUUAUCAUCCUGCAGUGUUUAGCCUUUAAGCAUAUGUUAGCACUGUGGUUCUCAACAUGGGGGUUGCAAAAUGAUUUCAGGGGGUCUCCAGAUCAUAUGGUGAAAAAUUGAGAAUAUAUUCAAUUGAUACUUUGCAGUGACAUCAUGCUGGGUGGAUUCUAAAUGUAUGUCUAAUGGUGGAAUGUUUAGCAGUUGCCAUGGCGACACAAUAGACCAUUAGCACCGUCAAAAAAGAUAUCAGAUUGUCUGAAAACUCAAGAAAAGUACAAAAUGGAUUUAAACAACAUUUUCAGGAGCCUAUAAUCAAUACAAGUGUCCAUGCUCUUGUUUAUUUUCAACAAAAAGGUGAGGACGACUAACUGAAAAAAACUGCUGGUUAAUGCUAGCUAGCUUGGGACUGUAAUGUUGUUUGAGAGGGACUUAGUAGUACAAAUCAGCUCACCUGUUGUAGCCCCAGCUAAUCCAGUUCUUUAGGGUCAGCUUGUGUUAAAAUAAAGGACAAAUUUAAGUUUGAUAAAGCCUCAGACAGAGCUGUGCCUACAGUUAGGAUCACACCCUGCUGCAAAGUGGUAGCGGUGGUAGCCUGUGAUUCAUGAGGUUGAGAACCAAUGUGUUAGCAUAUCAUAGCUUAUGUUGGUUUACUGUAAAUUUUGGACUACUCAGCGCACCGGAAUAUAGGCCUCACCAGCUAUAUUUUAAAAGAAAAUACAUUUUGUACAUAUAUAAGCCACACUUACAUAUAAGCUGCAGGUUUUCAUGUAACAGGAGAUAGACAGUGCAUGGAAGUUUUUUGAGUUUUAAUUUAUUUAAAACUGUGCCUGAAAAUCAGCAGUACGCCAACACAACAUGCCGGAUGAACAUACCUGUAUGUUCAUAAAAUAAAACGGCACCAACAUGGGCCAUCUGCUUUUAUUUCCUCUGAAAACUUUUGUUGUCUUUCUACAUUGACUAAGUUCUUGCCGCUGCCGCCUCCAACAUCACACCAUCAAUUCAACGUCAAGCUUACGUGCAGUGGCUCCAUUUCCUUCUUUGAUGCUAGAUUGAUUGCCUUUAACUUAAGAGCUGCAUCAUAUGCAUUUCUGUGUGUGUUUUCCAUCAUGAGGGUGUGUGCAUGAUCCGCAAAAUGACAGUUCAAAAUCAAAUCUAGUGUAUUCUGGAGCGCAUAAUCUUUCCCCACGUGUGUCGCACUUUUGAAUUUACUGGUAGAGAGUGCCCCCCGGUGGCUGUUAGCCAGUAAAAAUCUAUAAAUUAACCACACCAUUUUAUAGGCCGCAGGGCUCAAAGUGUGGGAAGAAACUAGCGGCUUAUAGUCCGAAAUUUACAGUAUUUUGUGCAGCCUUACAGAGCAGGAGCUGUGCUCAGCCCCUGUAGGAGCCUCUGGACUAGUGUAUAGUGAUAGUCUUUUCCCCUCCCUCUGUGCCUUUACAUCAUGUGUUUUCAUAGCUUUGUACUGACUUUGUACCUCUGUGUGAGAAUAAACUUCAGCAGGACUGGAACGUAGAAUGGCACACUUCUCAUUUCUGUGGUAUUCAUGUUUCAAAGCACCUCCUGUUUUUAUACUGCCAAAGAAAGAAUAGGGUGUAGCAGAUAUGUACUAAGGACUAACAGCUAACCACUGUUUUCUAAAUGUUAACUGUAGGGUUCAAAUGAUGAAAUAAAGAUAUUGUUAAUGUCCUUAUACAUAUUUGUGUUGUCAGACGCUAAUCCAAACUCAAUAAAAGUGCCUAACAUAAUAACU